AUGACAGGAGUCAAAGAAAAUCUUCAGGAAGUGAAGAAGCUAAAAGGAGGGAAGGUCACUUUUGGAUGUGGAACCAAGGGAAUGAUUCAAGGCAAGGGACGCACCUCUGAUGAGCAACCUCAGCUUAUGAACGUCUAUCUCGUUCAAGGUCUGAAGUCAAACCUGAUCAGUGUCAGCCAGCUUUGUGAUGAAGGUUUAACGGUCUGGUUUAACAAGAUAGAGUGCAAAGCCAUUGACUCUGACGGAAAGACAGUCCUACGUGGAGUUCGCUCAGGCAACAACUGUUACAUGUGGGAUCAAUCUGCUAAGUGCUUAAGUGUCCGAGAUGAUGUUGAACUAUGGCACAAACGAUUGGGUCACAUGAAUGUUCGACAUCUCACCGACUUGGUGAAUAAGGAGAUUGUUCGUGGUGUUCCGAAGCUGAAGGGAACUGAGAAACUUGUAUGUGGUCCUUGCAAUCAAGGAAAGCAAAUCAAGGUUCAGCACAAGAAGGUGGCAGAUGUACAAUCCAAGACUGUUUUGGACUAG